CACACAGGCCCAUGAUGUCACUCCGCAAUAUAAACACAACCUUGGAAUAGCAACGAAAUGAUUGCGUCAUCGCUUUAUUUUGGUCGAUUUUGUCGCUUCUCGAUAACACGGCCAAUUUCAAUAUCACUCGAUGUAACUUAACGUGUUACUGUUAGCAACGCUUCUUAUUUCCGCCGUGUAAUAUGAAAUAUUCCCGCUCGAAGUGGACUGCUAUUUGAAUGAAAAUAGUAUUUAGUGAACAGAGAAUCUCAGUGCGCGCUACAAGUGUGGAAAUAAUAUUAUAAUUAAAUAUUAACGUGUCCAACACGUUGAGUGAUACUAGUCGAUAUUUAGGAACAAAUUAAUUUAAUUUAAAAAAUAGCCAUGGGUAAGGACGAGAAAGAAGACUCAGGGUUUGGAUUCAAGGACCGGGCGAAGGCGCUGGAGACUCUGCGCCUGCUGGAGGCGCACGACGCCAACUACCGGCGCCUCACCGUGCGCGGGCUGCUCGGCCGCGCCAAGCGGGUGCUCUCCAUGACGAAGGCAGAAGACAAAAUAAAGAACAUCAAGGAGGCGAUGGAAGUAUUCGAGCAGUGGCUGGCGGACCUCGACGCCAGCAAGAAGACUGACAAGCCAGACAAGAAGGACGGCAAGAAGGAAGAGAAGAAAGAACAGAAGAGUGGCAGCGGUGAGAGCUCGUCAGCAUCAGACGUGGAGAUAGAGGACAAGAAGAGCGAGAAGAGUGAGAAGAAGGAUCUACCGGCGGAGACAGUCCCGGGGCUGGGGUUCAAGGACCGCGCGGCAGCUGAGGGCACGCUGCGGGAGCUGGAGGGCCGGGACCCUGACUACCAGCGGCUCGCCGUCAAGGGACUGAUUGGGCGCGCCAAGAGGGUGCUCACUUGCACCCGCGACGAGACGAAGAUCUCGAACAUCAAGGAGGCGAUGGCCAUCUUCGAGAAGUUCCUGGACGACUUCGAGUCCUUACACCUGAGCAGACAGAACAACGCGUACCUCGCGCUGGGACACGUGCGGACGGCGGCGCGGCGAGCCGGGGACAACGUCACACCACUACAGAAAUCCUUCAUAGCGGCGUACAGCAGCGUGUCGGGCGAGUACAAGCGCCUGCGCAGCGUGCGCGCGGACGGCGAGGACACCACCUGGGACAUCGUCCGGAACAGAGAGCUGAAGACUCUUAAGGAGAAGCACGCAGAAGCGAAGCUGUUCAAUGACAAGGAUGAGCCGACGGCGGAGCACCUGCAGAUGUUGCUGUGGGCAUACUCGCCCGAGCCGGCCCGGGUCAAGAAGUACCUGCCGGAGACUAAAGAGGACAAGGGGGACAAGGAGGACAGGGAGGACAGGAAGCGGAGGAGCAGCGCGCGGGAGGACGACUCGCCCUCCAAGCGGAGUAAGCUGACCACAGACAUGGCGAGCGAGCCGACACUCCCGCCGAAGACGGUGCCGGGCCUGGGGUUCAAGAAUGCGGCGGCUGCACAGCGCACGCUGCGGGCGCUGCGAGGCAGGGACCCGUUCUACCAGCGCAUGGUGCUCAGCGGCCUCAUGUCCACUGCCAAGCAGGUGCUGCGCCAGACCCGCAAGGACAGGAAGAAGGCGAACAUCCUGGCGGCGCUGGCCGUGUUCGACAAGUUCCUGGAGGACUUCCACUCGCGGCGCGCCAUCAAGCAGAACUGCCCGUACCUCCCGCUCGACUCAGUUCGGAGGGCGGAGGAACUCGCGGGCGACAACGUUACUGAGCAACAGAAAGCGUUCAUAGCGGCGUACAGCAGCGUGCGCGGCGAGUACCAGCGCCUGCGCAACGUGCGCGCGCAGCACGAGGACUCCACCUGGGACAUCGUCCGGAACAGAGAGCUCAAGCCUCUAAAAAGGAAGCUCGCCCGCGCGGACCUCUUCGAUGAAGAUGGAGAGCUUACAGAGGAGCACGUAGAGAUGAUCCUCUGGGCGUACUCUCCCGACCGCAGGGCACUCUCGGAGUACUUCCGCACGCCCAGGGAGCUGAGAGAGAGACGGAGGGAGAUUGAGAACGAGGCACAGGUGGUGGGCAGCGACACGGACGAGCAGAGCGACGGAGAGAGGCGCAGCAAGAGAACCACUACGAAGGCGAUAUCCAAGGUGAAGGAAGCCAUCGCGAGCCUGGAGAGGUCCCUGCAUCAGCUGAAGGCGCGCGCUGCGAUCAGAUCCAGCCCGUACCUGCCGCUCGAUGCCGUCCGGAGGGCGGAGCAACUGGCGGGGGACAACAUUACUGAACAACAGAAAGCGUUUGUAGCGGCGUACAGCGCAGCGGGGGGUGAUCGCAGGGGGCUGGGCAACAUGCGCGCGCACGGCGAAGAUUACACCUGGGAAUAUGUCAGGAACCGGGAACUCUCGCUGCUCAGGGACAAGUACGCAGACGCGAGGCUGUUCACAGCGGACCGCGCGCCCACGCCGGAACACAUGGAAAUGUUGCUCUGGGCGUACUCGCCCAAGCCCAAACGAGUCGCGAAGCUAUUACUGGCCAAGAAGAAGGGAGAGAAAGAGAGUGAGAGUCACACUAAUGAUAAAAGUGAGAGUGACAAGAGUAGCAAGAGAAAGCAGAGUAGUAAGAGACAAACCAGCAGCGAGAAUGACGAGGGUGAUGGAAUGCUACGACGCAGCAAGAGAAUUAAAAAAUAAGUAGGUAAUAGUUAUUGCAAAGUGAUUGUUAAUGUAUUAUAAUAAUAUUUUUUAUAUAAUAAAUAUUUUAUUUUAGUUAAAUAUUUUUAA